AUGGACUAUGAAAGUAGAAACUUUCGAAAGAGCCUCUGGCAGUAUGAAUCCCCCUUGACUCCCAUCUAUCAGAACAGCUUACCAAUUCUUGUCUACAGAGCCAGACAGAACCAUGAGUUCACGGACUUUGCCUUCAUCUGCGGAGCCGCUCGAUUCCCAGUCCACAAGGUCGUCGUCUGCAGUCAAUCAAAGGUCUUUCAUAUAGCAUGCACUGGGCUGUUCAAGGAAUCUUCUACAAACGAGUACGAUCUGUCAGAAUCUUCUGUGGACCAUGUAAAAUGGCUGAUUGAUUUCCUUUACAUGGGAACAUACCAUAUGGAAUUCUCAAAGGAUUCAACUCUCGCCGACCACAUUUACAUGUUCGCGCUGGGUGAUAUGUACAGCAUUGAACCACUUGCUCAAUAUGCAGCGGAGCAGUUCCGUAUCGGCAUUUCCCACGCUCAGAAGUUGGAAGACGUUCUCCCUUUGAUCCCCCAGGUCUAUAACUCAACCCCAGAGCAUCGCCAGGAACUGCGGGAACAGGUCGUAAAGUUCAUGAGGUGCCCGGUUCGUGGAAAAAAGGAGGCAAUAGAGUCAAGAGAAUGGUACAACGACAUGGCUGAACAGUGUCCCGACUUCAUCAAGGACCUGCUAUUUAAUUACUUGGAAUGGCCUGAUCCUCCACAGGUAUUUUGGUGA